AUGAGUGGAAAACGGCUUAGCUAUGUGCACACCCCCACUAAUUACUCUUACAGUUAUCUAACUGUCCCAGAUCGUAUGCAACAAUUAGCAAGAGAAACUCCUGAUAAAGACGUUUACGUGUUCCUGUAUCCAUUUGGCAGAAGGGAUUCAAUAUCGGUUGGCACACUAUUUGAAAAGUCGAAAGCUCUUGCAAAGUCUUUGAUUCAACUUGGACUCAAGAAGGGUGACGUCGUUGCUACAUGUCUGCCAAAUGACAAGGACGCUCUUAUUUCAACAUUUGGUGUCAUCUUUGCCGGAGGUAUCAUUACACAUCUGUUAUUGCGGGACGAAGAUGGUACUGAUUUACAAAACAAGCUUCGUCAAAUCGGUGUUAAAUAUUUAGUCCUUAAUCCUGGAGUUAAUGAAGAACAGCUCAGAGCGUGCAUGAACUUUGUCGAUGAAAUUGACCAAAGCGGAUGCGCUCGGAGUAUAAAAGUCCCGUCGUUAAAAAUGGUAAUUACAACUUCGAAAGUAAAGGGAAUGAGUUUAUUGCAGUUAGAUGAUCUUUUAACUGGGAUGCAAAAUGAUGAUGUGAUACUACCUAGACUAGAUCCGGAAGAAAAUAUUGUUCUAUUCUCUACAUCAGGGACGACCGGUGAUUGUAAGUUUAUACCACAUACACACCAUGGGGUGAUGAUAAUUGGACACCAAGCUAAAGAAUCUAUCGGUUACGAAACACAAGACGUUCUGUACAGUGAAAGGCGUAUAGCAUGGCUAGGGGGAUUUCCUUUCAUGCUUCUACAUGACUGUCCUAAGGUUGUGACGUUAACACAUCCUAUUGCAAACUUAAGUGAACAUUGCAGAUUUACGUACAGUGCUUUGCUGAAUGAAAAAUGCACCAUUGCAUGCGUGUUCCCUGCAACAGUAGUGGGUCUCCUUGAUAUGUACCAAAGCAUGUCAGAUCGUCAAAUUUUAAAAAGCAUUCAUAUUAGUGGUCUUACACUUGCAUCCAUUGUUAUGAAUGCAAUAGGUGUUAUUACAGAAAGGGUAACAAAUUGCUACGGUUUGUCAGAAGGCGGUGUUAUCACCUCUAAUCACGUGAGCGAGAAGAAUACCUAUUUGGAGUUCAGCACUGGUAAACCAGUUGCUGGCGUUGAAAUAAAAGUAGUCGAUACGGAUGGAUUUAUCGUUGAAAGGGAGCAGACUGGUAUGAUUUUAGCACGGUCACCGUCUAUGGCCAAGAGUUACUACAUCGACGGUAAUACAACAUUGCCAGCACAAGCGACAAGCGGAUGGGUAGACACUAAAGAUAUCGGUUAUGUUACUGAAGAUGGUGAGCUUGUGGUAGCUGGCAGACAGUCGGAUACAAUAGGUGUUUUAUACACCGGAGGAAGAUACAUGCGUGGGCUGAUAACCUAUCUUGAGGCGUUGAUAAAAGAUCAUCCUAGCGUCCUCGAGGUUGUUGCUAUAACGGUACCAGAUGAUGUCUUUGUCGAAAUAGUUUGCGCUUGUGUUAUCCCAUUACCUGGCAAGAAAUUGACGACGAGCGAACUCGAGAAUUUCUGUAAGUCUAAAAUCGUCCCUGGUGCUGACAAUUGGGAAGAUUUUGAGAGGAUUAUGUUGUUUCAGUCUUUUCCAAAAUUAUAUACAGGGAAACCAGACAAACGGGCCUUGAAGGAAGAGGUCAUGCGCAGAAAGAAGGAAGAGCCAAAGAAAUAA